AUGUUGUGGAAACUUCGUUGGAUAGCGGAUCAGGAGCCUCCACAAUCGCCCUGGGUGGAUCUUCAGACUGCUGAUAUGGCGUACGAAGACUCGAGAUACUUGGAGUUCAAAUUAUCGCGUCUUGUUGCGCCCAUUGCAUUGGCACCUGCAGCUCGAAUUCGUCGUGACAUUGGAGAAUUCGGUCGAGGGGGUGGUAAACUCACUUCACUGGUGGACAAACGAGUUAUGCUGACCCUUCCCUCGGGAGCGUUGAAAAUCGCCUGCACGUACUCCAUUCAGGUUCAACCCAUCAGCCAGCAUCAUGCUCAUCUCCUUCGAGACCAAAACUUGACUUUCAUGUCUCAGUUCACGGCUUGCAGUCCACUCGUUAUUCUUACCGGACCGAAGAAGAUUCUCUUCAAACCGGCGCUCUUCGCUUUGCCCCUGACAGAUACCAAUCCAUCCAAUCAAGUGAUCAUCAUGUCAAACGCCUCCACACCUGAAGCCUUUUUGGGUCACAAAAAACCUAAGACUCAUCGAGACGGCAAUUCGGAGAGUGAAGAAAAUGUUGUUGAUGAGGAGGAGGAGGAGGAGGAGGGAUCUGAACACGUUAGUGAAGACGAAACCAGUCCUCGUGAACUGGAUCCAUUCCAACGUUCUCUCCUUCUACCCAAGUUGCUUGCAGGCGCAAAUUCUGGCCAUUCCGAAGUCAAUCUGGUCUACUCCAGUAUAGAAGACUCCAACUGGAAGAUUUGGGACAAUGUAGAGUUUGUGGAGACCAAAAAUGUCGACAUUUGCACCUUCAGUUUCAAUCGUAUUGUACCUCGCAAAUUCAUGGCAAUCCAGACCCGAACGAUUGUCGACAACGAUAGCCUUAUUCAAAUGGCACAGGUGCUGGAGCGUAGCCUCUCUCAGCGCAUUGUCUUUGCCUGUCUACGGCAAAACAAACAACAACCGAGUCGAGUCUGCUUUGCCAUCUGUCUCACACAGGAUCUUGAAAAGACCCUGAGUCAGAUGGCAACCAAGGGAUUCACAGAGGGAGGCAAACCAAUCGGUCCACUGUUCGUCUACGAGAGGCAACAGUUUGAUGUAGCGUUAAAGGGGAAUAUUCGUCCGAAGAGGGAAAGCACAGGACGUAGCUCCAUUCAACUGGAUACGGAAAAGGGGAAGAUGAAGAUAACUUUCAACACAUCUCUGCGAAAUGAGUACACAGUUGAGGUGGAAGAAUUCGAUUCAAGCGCUCAAGUGGCUUGUGAGAAAUAUCGCGGAUUUGUUGAGAUCUCCUACAAGCAAGCAACUAAAGUCGCCGCCAAACGAGGCAAAGGUAGAGGUAAUCCUGUGGGACCAAAGAAAUUUGUUAUCGAGUUUCAAACGGUUCCACUCUGCCAACUUCUGGUAACAUUGCCUAAAAAGGCUAUCGAAGUUGACGCGGAUAAGAAUAUCCUCUCCUAUCGUUUCGACUCAAAAGAUGUUGUGACGAAUGAGCUCCUUCAGGAGUUGGCUCGGAAGCUCCCUGGUGAGACUUGGAGACGGUUGGGUAUGGCUCUAGAUCUUUCAAGGACCCAACUUCAAGCGAUUGGAGGAAGAGCUGACUCCUCCCGAAAGAACAGAGCUCUAACGAUGCUGCGAAGCUGGAUUAAAAACCUUGAACUCAGAGUGGAUAGAGGUGAAAAGCUGAGAACAGCCCUAAUCGCAAUUGGUCGCAGUGACUUAGCCGGCGACCUUAUUUCUCAAGAAAAGGCCGACUUUACAGCCACAUCCUCGUCCGUCGGCACGCCUAUUCUCACUACCCCGCCCACCAUGAAUUCUAAGUAG